GACGAUAAUUCCCCGGUGGUUUAUCUGUAUAUAUAUAUAUCUAGUUAUGAUACCUCCAACAUCCAUCUGAUCAAAUAAAAUCAUAUUCUUUUUGUCUAAUUAAUUACCAGAGACUUGCAAUAAUGAAGUUGACAAUCUUCAUUUUCCUCCUUGGGCUCAGCUAUGGCAGUGUACUCAAUCCCAGAACGAAUUCUUCAACUGUCUCUGCACCGGACUACAACAAUUUGACUGUUGCCAUAGUCCGUGCUGCCCCAGCCAACUGGCCCAUGCCAAUCCUCAAUAAGAAUUGGACUGGUGUUGAGUUUGACCUCAAUGCAACCGUUGCCAAAGGUGUUACUCUUAUCAGAGAAGCUGCACGUAAUGAUGCUAAUCUCAUUGUUUUCCCUGAAUUAUGGUUCCCAGGCUACCCAAAAGGGUUGGCAGAUAAUGUAACUAUAGCAGAUCACCUACAAAAUUAUGUUGACAAUUCCCUCGUGAUUGGGAGCUCUCAAUGGCAAAAAAUUAUUGAAACUGUCAAAAAUGAGAGCAUCUAUGCUGCUCUAGGUUUCUCUCAUAAAGAAGAUGGACUACUGUACAUGGGCCAGGCUUUGAUUUCCCCUGAAGGAGAAGUUCUUUUACUACGUCACAAACUCCGACCUUCAGGGGGUGAGCGCGGAAUCUGGUCGGAUGGCACAAAAGACGAGCUGAAAGUAGUCGCUACACCUUACGGUCGCUGGGGUAUUCUCGAAUGCUGGGAGCAUUUCCACCCUGCAAUGACAUUCAUUACGCAAGCUCAAAUUGAAACUCUCCACAUUGCUUCGUUUCCAUAUACGCCAGAUGCAAAUGAUUCGGGGGCUCUGAGUUGGGAAAGUGAGGAAGUUAAUGUAGCCGCAGCGCGAACUUAUGCGGUCAAUUCUGGAGCCCCUUUCAUCUUCGCUUCGGUCGGAAAUGUUCGCUUCAUUGACUCUUCAGGAAUGGAUCUAUCUGUUACUCCGCUUUCUACAAGUAUUGAAACAGUGCCAUUGGUCUAUCAAUCAUUCAACACAACUGGAAUGGCUGCCACAGAGCCUUAUGAUGCUGAUGCACAGCAGUCAUGGGAUGUUCUCGAAGAAAUUAAAACGGGAUUUCCCUCGUACAUACCAAAAGUUCAUGGGAAUCUUGUUCCACAUGAGGAAUUCCCGAUCAGUGGAUUGUUAGCUUCGGUGGGAAAUUCAACAGGAUAAACCUUUGAAUGGUAUGAAAGGGUUGGGCAAGAAAUCAUUCUGGGAUCUCAAGCUAAACGAUUAAUGACAGAUUCAAAUCGUGUGAUAAAGGCGGAUGUUGAUUACUACUUAUUCAUCUUACAAGAUUGAUAUUAAAUUAUUUCUACGAGUAGAAUUAUUUGAAUAAGAUGAAUCACAUGAUUAAAAUUUCAAGUAGUUUUGUACCUAAUUCAACAAAGGGGUAACGAUCUAUAACUUUUUAACUUUUACGCCACGCAUAGAACUAGUCAUUCAAUACAAAGA